CCAUAGUGUGGCUCAUGUCCAUCACAUUAUUGUUCCAUCCACUGUAUGUAAAAACAUUUGACUCAUCUACUAAAUCGCAAAUAAUCUGCAGCAAGUGAAAAUAUUCCUUCUUCCUCCUCCUUCAUCGCCUCGUUUUAUCCUAAAAAAUUUCUCAUCUGAUGUUAUUCGUCGACCAUAACGUUGUCGAAAUUUUUUAAUAUACAUCAAAGUAACCCAUCCAGGGAUGGAGUGGAACAGUCGUGUUGCAUCAAUUUUGUGCCUGUAGGGGUGUGACAUUAUUUGUUGAUGUAUUGCCGAAAACAAUGAAUUCACUGUGUGAAUUUGCCAAUUUCGCUAAAAGUUUGCCAGUCAUUGAUUGAUUGGGACACUGAAAAAAAAAUCGUGCUGCAAGUUUAAAUGUGACACUGUGAUUGAGUUUUUAUUUUGUAUUUGUGAGGACAAAAUGCCACUCUAUGCAACGCCCCAUAGAUUACCCCACGAAGGUAUGAGUGGUGUUAAUCCCGGCGUACCACCGCAGAUUGUUCCAAUAAGCUAUACACCACCACCAUCGUAUCACAAUAUUAAUUUACCACCUGGCCAUCCUGCGAAUUUAAUUGGUGCUGAUGACAGAGGAGCACCGCCUUCAUACGAGGAAGUCAUCGAUCCAAAUGCACCUCCACCUUCUUAUGAUUCACUGUUUGGAAGAAUGCGCGAGGCCCACAAAACAUCCAAGGGAGUUUUUGAUUUUCUGUUUAAUAUUAUUGUACUUCUUCUUGGAACAAUUGGAUGCACAUUUAUCAUAGGUGUUACCAUAGUAGUACCAGUCUGCAUGAUGAUAAUGGGCGGUAUUUACUUGUACGAUUGCCCUCAGGGUGAAUAUAUCCCAGUGUACUUGCUAGUUGGUGGCGGUUUUGGUGUAUUCAAACAAUUACUGCAUCUCUCAACACGAGUACGUAGAAGACAAGAGGAGAGGGAUGAAGAGAGGAUACGCCAAUCACCAACACAAACCUUGAUCAAUUGCUUUAUGCUCGGUUGGUUUAUCAUUGGUUCGAUGUGGGUGUAUAAGGAGUAUGAACCAAAUUACGAUCCAGCAAACGGAAAACAUUGCAAUAAAACAUUAUAUCUAUUCGCAUUUUGGCUGAUAACGGCAGUAUACAUUUCUCUUGGCGUGAUAACUGCUGGUCUUUGCAGUAUUUCAUUGGCAAGUGUUGCUUGCCAAAGGAACCUGAUCUAACCUGACCUGACCUGAUCUUGCCACCUGAUCGCCUGGUGGCAAUGUGAAACUUGGACUUUGCGCUGUUAUUUCAAUUAUGAAUCCAAUAAUUUUCCAUCAUUGGAGGAUGUAAGAAAAAAAAAAGAAAAGAAAAAUAUAAAUCACGCACAGAUCAGUGAGCUAUACAUCGAAUAGAUCAUACUGUGCAAUUAUUGACUCAACAGUACUUGAGAAGGCUGCAAAACAAUUACUAGUGCCAUGACAAAAGUGAGGAAUUUUGUACAUAGGAAGUGCUAGGGUAUUAAAGUGAUUUUUUUUUCAAUUGGAGGAGACUAUUAUCUGUCCAUGGCCACAUAGAUGAAAAAUUAAAUCAUCAGCUGUGGUACUGAGUGGAAGAAAAUGAAUUUGAUUUGUUUUUCUCUCAUAUAAAUUUGACAAUGCCUAGAAUGACUGAUAAUCGCAUCUUUGUAAAUUCAGUGAAUUUAAUUUCUUUAAUUUCAUCGAAUGAAAACCAUAAUUGGAGAAAAAUCGGUAAAUCACAAUUACCAAUGACCCAACUACUCAAUAAUCAGAUAACACACAAUAAUCAGAACGGUGCGGUUCAAUGUUUAUUGUGCCAAGUGAAAAUGAUAGAUACUAAUAAGAGAAAAACAUUCUGUUUAAUUGAGAAUGGGCUGCUAUUUUUUAUUCCAUAUUAAAUUGAAAUGUGGUUGGUGAGAGAUUUUGAAGGAUGUAGAUAUGAAAAUGUGGAAAUUAUGAUUUGGGUAAAUAUGAUAUGAUUUUUCUAAAAUCAAUCCUUAUGAAGAAAAAGACUGCGUAAUUAUGUUCGCGUUUUUUUUUUCAAUUGAUCGGCUCUCAAGUUGUUAUCCGUCCUUAAUCCACCGGGGUAUUUUUGUUUUCUUACUCAUUUGUGAUAGGGGAAGAUAUUUUUGGUUCUAAUGUGUAUUUGCAUAUUUUUUACAUUUUUAUUAAUUGUCCACAAUCUGACGGUAGUUUUACCUUCAAUAACUUUCAAUGUAUGACGAAAGACAACUUAUAUUCUGUAAAUAACUACAAUAUAAUAUAUUUCUCAUGUCGAAAGUGUAGUUGGCGGAAUGAACAUAUAAAUGUCAUUGUUGUAAAAAUAUAGCAAAUCAAAAUUCAAUGUAUGAGGAAUGAUUGGAUUUUUUAAAUUUAAUUUUAAUAAUUUCUUAUGUCAUGAAAAAUUAUAUUUUAUCACUAUCUUUUGAUCGAAUUGAACGUGAAAUGAUUAUAUGUGAAUGAUAAUAACGAUGAUAAUACUAUUCCAUAUUGAUGAUAAUAUAUUAGAAUCUAAUGAGGCUAAACUAUUUCCUCAUCUUGAAAACAAUGAUAAUCUCUCAUUAUUCUUAUAAAACUCUACAGCCAUGAGUAUUAAUAUAUAAUAUAUAAAAAAACAGUCAGAUGUACAAAGAAGAAAAAUGCAAACAUGAUAAUUAUAUAAACA